UGAAGUUUAAAAACACUUAAAGAAAUAGAGAUAUAAUGACUUUUCGAUUUGCGUUCUUCCUUACUCUGGUGUAUUUAUACGGGUAUAAAUAAACAUGAAUAGUUACCCUAGAUAAAGAGUAAUCGAAUUUAUAAACAGAUCGAAUGCUUACACUGGGUCUUCAUCGAUCCCAGAUGCGGACGGAAAUUUCCAUGUGUACCAGUUGCCUGUAGGACAGGGUGAUGCCUAUUUGUUGCAGUGUCCUUCUGGUCAGUUGUCAUUUUUCGAUUUGGGUUCGUCAGAGGAUGCAUUAUCUGGAUUUUGGAGAGAAAGCGACAUUAAAGUGUACCUUGGCUCUCAACUUUCAAACGUAAAAAAUAUUUUUAUAACUCACAAUCAUUUCGACCAUUACAGUCUUAUACCCGGUACUUUUACGGAUGCCAGAAAUCUUGAGAACAUUUACGUAUCCUGUACCGUGAAUAAUGCUCCAGCUUUUCUGUAUAAUUGGUUUGUUAACAGUAAUUCUCUUUCAAAAGUGAGAGAAUUCAACAGCGGGGAUCAUUGUGGAGCAAAUGGCGUGUCAUGUAAUGCAGUUGAUUUAUGUCCAGCUUUCGAUGGGGUUGUUGGUGUUGUUAUGAAUGUAAAUGCCGGACAAAAUUGUGAGGAUGGAAAUAAGAACAUUGAUUCUAUUGUAAUGAAGGUAACCUUUAAUGAGGUUUCGGUCCUUCUUACAGGAGAUUUUGAAGAUGAAACUACCAGUGCAAGCGAACAAGGCACAUAGAUAAAUAGAUAUAAAUCUUUUAUUUCCCUUAAUUACACAUAUUAUGUAACAAUAAAUUUCAAUAGAUGGCGCCUUAACAGUUAAGAUAAAAAUAUCUAUUUAUCUAUGUCAGGAGCUCAAAAGCAACUCGUCGAUUAUUACGGAGAUGCUUUGCAGUCAACCGUUUUCAUUCCUUCCCAUCACACAGCGUCUAGAUUGGCGAACAAACGAGUUUUGAGAGAUGCCAUUAAACCAAAAGCCCUUCUGACAUCAAACAACCCUUGGUAUCGUUAUGGGCAUCCUAGAUGUCUUGUUUUACACGCUUUCAGAGAUUAUGUACAAACUCUUUGCAAGCCUGGCGUAACUGACCCGAAUGAUAUAUUUUAUUGUGGAGAACCAGUGGACUCAUUGUCCCUAGAAGAGAAAUUACAAACAAGCUAUACUUGCGGUCAUUCAUCCUCUGAUCUGGAAGAAAUAGAGAAUAAUGAAUAUGCUAUCUACUCAUCUACUCCCAAACAAUCUGAAGCAAAAUUGAUCGAGUUUAAGACCGAUGGUGUAAAAUGGAACUUUAAAAUAAAAUCUGCCUAG